UAUUAAAAGAUCCCCGGUAUCACAAUUUCCUUUGCGGUUCUUAUUAGAUGAAUUGUUAAACCGCGCUGAUCGGUUUGUAUUUUGUGAUUGGUAUAUUCCUCGUUCUGUGGCAGACAGACCCGUUCAGACACUGAGGGAGAGCAGAGAGGAGGUGAGAGAGUCUGCAUGGAGCUCUACAAUGUGUUUAUAAACUACAGAGCGCUGUUAUAUUGUAUUAUUUUGAAAGGUCCGGGUUGUAGUGUGGUAGGAGCGCAUUGUUUUAUCCGUUCAGACACUGAGGGAGAGCAGAGAGGAGGUGAGAGAGUCUGCAUGGAGCUCUACAAUGUGUUUAUAAACUACAGAGCGCUGUUAUAUUGUAUUAUUUUGAAAGGUCUGGGUUGUAGUGUGGUAGGAGCGCGUUGUUUUAUCCGUUCAGACACUGAGGGAGAGCAGAGAGGAGGUAAGAGAGUCUGCAUGGAGCUCUACAAUGUGUUUAUAAACUACAGAGCGCUGUUAUAUUGUAUUAUUUUGAAAGGUCCGGGUUGUAGUGUGGUAGGAGCGCGUUGUUUUAUCCGUUCAGACACUGAGGGAGAGCAGAGAGGAGGUGAGAGAGUCUCAGUGUCUCGUUGCACACAUUAGUUCUGCUUGCAGUUUCUCCCUCGGUGUCUUGUUGCCGCAUUAGUUCUGCUUGCAGUAUUAUUGUAUAGACUAUUAGAGCUCUGAUAGUAGGUUUCCUCAGUUUUCGGACUGUUGGAUUAACCAAGAGCUUUGCAGGUAGGCAUCCCUAUAGAUCGCUCCCGUGGUAAUUGUGAGUCCAGACCUGCUCCCGUUCCCACCGGUGUACUGUACAUCGAACGAGGAUACCAUUCUGAUUCACUAGCAGUUGCUGGGCUCAGCUCUGCUUCGGGUCCUGCUGUCCGCAGCCCCUCCCGUAGUGUUUCGUUGCCACCCUGGUCUCUGCAUGCAGUGCCAUUUCGAAGGCUGUCACGGCUCUGACAGCUGGCUUUCCCCAGUCUUACGACUGUGUCGGUUUGCCAGAAGCGCUAUAGGUUGGCACCCCUAUAGUCUGCUUAAUUGUAACUGUAGGUCCAGGCCUACUCCAUUCCCACCGGUACAAAUCUAUACAAUGAACAAGGUUAUCACUCUGAUUCACUACGCAGUCGCUAGGCUAGCUCUGCGUCGGGUCUGAUUGCUUGCAAUCUUUCCCGCAGUGUUUCGUGCUGCCUUGGGCUCUGACAGCCGGCUUUCCCCAGUCUUAGGGCUGUGUUGGUUUGACAAAAGCUAUAUAGGUGGGCAGCCUUAUAUACUGCUUCUGCAGUAACUGUGGGUCACAGACCUGCUCCGUUCCUGACACAGUAUAUGUACAAAACAGUGAACGAGGUUACUGCACUGGGGUACCCGAAUUGUACGAAGUGUACCACUGAACCGGACCGUACCUAAGGUACUGGACCGAGUUUAAAACCACCGAGUGUUGAACCACCACCGAACGGUACUAUAUAGAGCGUACCACCACCGAGUAGAACACUCACUGAACUGUGCCUUGCAAGGUACUUUACAGUCACUGUGCGGCUGGGAGCCGAUCGGUUCAUUUUGGUUCAUUUUACUGUCUGCUCUGUUCCACCUCGGUUCAUCACCACCAUUCAGACUCGGUUAAAAAGGGGGGAUUGUGAUACACAACAGUGACACCAUCUCUGGUCCAAGACCAGCGGACGCUUUCAGUUUCGACUUGUGCUGUUUUAUAUAUUUUUUAAAUACAGUACUUUGCUACAUGUGCUGUUUGACUGCAGCUUCUAGCGGCAAGUGCUACAAAGUACUAAUAUAUAUUAGUAGAGAGAGAGAUAGGUAAGCGCCGGCUUGAGCAGAUUGAAGCAGCAGUUGUCACAGAGUUUACUGCUUGCUGCAUGCCAGGGUUUUACCCUUGUGACAUUUGCAAGGCCAAUCUCUCAGUAGAGGAUAAGCACGACAGUUGCUCUUCCUGUUUGGGACCGGAGCAUGCAAAGGGCCACUCGCAGGCCGCGGAUUCUGUGAGUUCUGCACGUCCUUCUCUCAGCAUACGCUAGAUAAACGGGUGUCUCGCAGCUCCGUGAAGUGGUCCACGGCUUUACCACUUUGACAGGGCUCCCCAGCAUCAUCCCUUAAGGGGUUGGCUACAUCCUCGUCUGAGGGCGCUGUGCCAUGGGAGAGCAGGAGAGUUGAACGAGUGGCAUGGUCUUCCUCAUCAUCCUCUGCCUUUCCUCCCCUCCUCAUGUUUCUAAAAAGAGGAGAAAAGGUCACCGGUCUCAUAGAUCAGUGGACUCUGAAAAUCUGGACAAGCUCUGGGAAGCUGUUUCCCAGCAAGGCACAGUACUGCUCCACCAGCCCCCUCUGUUCUCUUGGAGCAACAAGGGUCACCAAGCACAGGCUCGCAACUAGACAAUCUGCUUUCCAUUGCCGCCUCUGAGGAGAUGGGCGAUCCAGAGUUACCCUCUUUGGAUCACCCAGUGCCAGUGGCUCACCCGUCUCUGUCAGCAGAGCUUCUGUCUCUGACAGUAGUGACAUUCCAGAGGCUUAUGGGCUUUAUGGCAGUAGCUUCCCAGACAUUUCCUUUGAGUCUUUUCCACAUGCGCCUUCUCCAAGCCUAGUUCAAAAACAGGGUUUUUCAGCCCUCAUUGAACCAUGUCCGCCUGCUGACAGUGUCUCGGCACUGUCUGGAGGGACUUUCCAAGUGGGCACAUCCUGCACGCCUGCGCUUAUCGGCUGAAUGUCGUGGAUCCACAAAUCCCUGGGUUUGGAACAAGAGUGUUAAGGGCGGCCUCGAGCUCGACCCUUACAGCAAAAACACAGAGGACUGCCUUAUCUUGGUGAAAGUGAAGGAACAAAGAUGGAAUCUGUUUACAUUAAACAGGAGGAGGUUGUGGAACUGGCACCUAUCUGCAUUAAACAGGAGAUGCCUGAACUGGAGCCUGUCCACAUUAAAGAAGAGACUGAACUGGAGCCUGUCCACAUUAAAGAAGACACUGAACUGGAGCCUGUCCACAUUAAAGAGGAGACUGAACUGGAGCCUGUCCACAUUAAAGAAGAGACUGAACUGGAGCCUGUCCACAUGAAAGAAGAGACUGAACUGGAGCCUGUCCACAUUAAAGAAGAGACUGAACUGGAGCCUGUCCACAUUAAAGAAGACACUGAACUGGAGCCUGUCCACAUUAAAGAAGAGACUGAACUAGAGCCUGUCCACAUUAAAGAAGAAGACAAUGAACUGGAGCCUGUCCACAUUAAAGAGAAGACUGAACUGGAGCCUGACCACAUUAAAGAAGAAGACAAUGAACUGGAGCCUGUCCACAUUAAAGAAGAGCCUGAACUGGAGCCUGUCCACAUUAAAGAAGAGCCUGAACUGGAGCCUGUCCACAUUAAAGAAGAGGAGACUGAACUGGAGCCUGUCCACAUUAAAGAAAAGACUGAACUGGAGUCUUUCUGCAUUGAAGAGGAGUCUAUUGACUUGCUGUUUAAGGAUUCAGAAAACACAUCCCUGCCAAAGAUAUCACAUCAGUGUACUGAAUGUGGGAAGAACUUCAGUCAGUUAAGAAGCCUAAAAAGACACCAGAGAAUUCAUACUGGAGAGAAGCUGCAUCACUGCAGUGACUGUGGGAAGAGCUUCAGUCAGUCAGGACACCUAAAAUCUCACCAGCGAACUCACACUGGAGAGAAGCCGCAUCACUGUUCUGACUGUGGGAAGAGCUUCAUUCGGUUAGGAAACCUAAAACAACACCAGCGAAUUCACACUGGAGAGAAGCCAUACCACUGUUCUGAAUGUGGAGAUUGCUUCAGUAUGUCAGGAAGCCUAAAAAGACACCAGCGAAUUCACAGUGGAAAGAAGCCGUAUCAUUGUGUUAAAUGUGGGAAGAGUUUCAGUCUCUCAGGAAACCUAAAAAGACACCAGAGAAUUCACGCUGGAGAGAGGCCGCAUCACUGCUCUGACUGUGGGAAGAGCUUCAGUCAGUUAGGACACCUAAAAUCACACCAGCAAACUCACACUGGAGAGAAGCCACAUCACUGCUUUGACUGUGGGAAGAGCUUCAGUCGUUAAGGAAGCUUAAAAAACACAGGUGAAUUCACACUGGAGGGAAGCUAUAUCACUGCACUGAUGGUGGGAAGCGCUUCAUUCAGUUAGGAAGCCUAAAACAACACCAGAAAAUUCACAGUGGAAAGAAGCAGUAUCACUGUACAAAAUGUGGCAAUACAUUUGCUUUCUGUGGUUAAGUGAAAAGACAUAAAUGCCAGUUUUGAAAAUGCAGAUGAAGCUGAUAGAAAUCAAUAUUCCAGGCAGUGUUACAAUGGUCCUUGUUUUCGGUCCUUCCAGUCCAGGUCUUUGCUUCAACCAGAUUGUAGAUUAAUGAAUCAACCUUCUUAUAAAUCAUUCAGGACCUAAUUGGAAGCGAGGGCCACUGCUUUAUACCAAUCAAAACUGAGUGUGAUGCUCCAGUGAUAUUUUUUGAAAGGAAUCCUGUCUAUGUGCCAGCCUAAGGGUGUUUAAUCAUGCUUUAGCAUAAAUGUGAGAAUGAGUGUGUGCCAAAGCAGCUGUGCUUGCAUUUUAAUCAGUAGUAUAAGUAGGCUAUGACUACCUGCAACCUUUAUGAAUUGUGUAUGAACCUGAAUAUGGUUAUUAUUAUGGGGGGUAUCAAUUUCAUUAAUAGGGGUAAUGAAUACUACAUGAAUAACAUCAUGAAUAAGGGCCAGCAUGACGACAUGAAUAGGCCACUG